UUUUUUUUUUUUUAACUCGCAUGCUCGGUGCCCAUGCACUUUGGACUCGAGCAAGAAAUUCUCUUCUCUACUAUAUUUGACUGAAACUUCAACCCGGCUUCCUCUUCUUCCUGCUCGUCCUUCCUCCACGCCGCUAACUCGAGCCCUCCAGCUAACGCCGCCUUGAUCUCGCUCUGCAGUCCGUCACCUCACCGAGAAUUCUGUCCCCGCAGUCGGGCAAGGCCCCUACAUCGUCACAGUGGGUGCAGCCUGCAAGUGUCCGGUCGAGUGUUGAGCGUACAGAGCAGACGAACGGGUACACACCUGCAGCGUCGUCGAAGCCAGAUAGACACACGAUAACCAUUUCUCACAUUGAUAUGAACGUGGGUCCCUCGAUACAUGGACUUCCAGACUGGCACUUUCCAAGUCCAACGUCGACUCCUAGGUCUUCAGCUCUCGAGCAAGCUCCUUUCCAAACUCCGAAGUGCGAGCCGCCGUCACAUUUUCUUGAUGCAUUUUAUACGCCUCGAGCCACUGGCCACCAAACUCCUGCAGCUACUCCGGUAGUACCGAAUGAUUCAACAAUUCGACUGCUUAGAUCCCCACAUACUUCUCCUUUGACCCCGCAGGAUCCGCAGUUCCAUGUAAACCACUACAAAGUCGGUCACCUACCUCUGCCACCCGUGGAUCCUGCCCGCCGGCUUUCCUCCACGCCGGACUCUGUCAAGUCAUCCGACAACCUUAAGAUAACCAUAGUGGCACCCGGUUCACGGCAGCAGGAACUGAUGGAGCCCUUUCAUCUCCAAACACCACCUCCUACCAGGGAUUCCUCUGCCCGAAGGGAAUAUGCUGUUGUCCAGUCCGCUCUCGCCACUACCCCUGGCCAGAUGCAGCCUCCCGGGUCAAUGCAGACCCCGAUACGACAGCAACAACAACAGAUGACGCAGCAGACGCCUCAAUUUCAGACGCCUGCUCAAUUAACUCAAUUGCAGUUCUCUCCUGCUAUGUUUCAAGUUCCCGAAAGCACCCAGGCCAGCACAUCAACUCUGCCUAAUGAAAGGUUCUCCUGGGAUACGCAGAGUCCUUCCUUCUCGUUUGCAAAUGAGGCAAUGAUGAGCACCCAGGAAGGUGCAUUUGGUCAACCGCAUUCGAUGAGCCCACACUUUGCCCAAUGGCAGACACCGAACCUCUCUGGAGUUUCUUCGCAGACAGACAUGCAGCAUUCGUACAGCCAGCCAUCUCAAGGUGCAGACUUCUGGACGACGCCAACAAUCCACUCUCAACAGGUUCCAAGCUUCAGCGACACGUCGUCCUUCGCGUCCACAGUUACGACUGCGGCGGUGGAUCCCAGCAUGAUAUCCAGCUUUUCAAGCCCCCGGAAAGUUGACAACGCGUCACCGGUUCGACCACACAUAACGCCACAAAAAAUCGACACGGCUUUAAGACAACCUUACGAACAUCAAACCAUGGAAUCGAACAGAGAAAAGGAGCUCGCAAAAAAGGCCAAACAGAUGCACAAUCGGUCGAGUGCAGGCUCUGCAUCGAUUUCCUUUGGAAGGCCUGGAUUACAGAGAAGCAAUACCGACAGCGGAUUCCGUCGACCAAAGCUGGGUUUUGGCGACGGCUCGCGGGCUAGUCAACUUGUUGAUCAGGUCGAACGACGGCCUUCGCCUCUAAAAAGGCACAGUCAGCUCUUGUUGAGUGCGAUCCCUGAAGCAGUCCGCUCCAGGCCGAAGACACGACUUGUUAUUGAUGAAGAUGGACGGGCAAGAACAGAGACUGUCGAAACUUCGGAUGGUCUAAGAAAUAGCCAACGUGGGUUCGAUCUAUGGGAUGAUAGCAGCUCAGAUGAAGAGAUUGUGCCAAACAGCCAAAGGAACUCUUUCGGCAUGAAUCCUGGUUCACUGCAGCGUAGAUCGAGCAAGCAUGCGAGAACGGGCAGUGACACUGAUCGCUACGAUCCGAACAAACGGCCGGUCUCCUCUGCUUCUAUCAGUAGUCUGGCGUCACGUCUGGAGACUACCCCACUGGGAAAACGCUCAUCCAAGGAGUUGAAUUAUCGCCGAUUCAGCUCGGAUAGCUUCUCCGGUUCUAUAUCCACGAAUAACAUCAGCCCCAACAAAGAAGACAAGAUGAUGAACGACGGCACGGACGCUCAAGCGGCUCUCAAAAGGAUAAUGGAGAGCCGCCCUCGGCGACAAGAGUUCAGCGACUCGCAGGCUAUUCUUGACGCACACAACCAGCGCUGGUCUCAAGCAUCAAUUGACCUUGCCAAGCUCAGCGCGAUUCAGGAGCAAGCCACUUCUUACGAUCCGUUUGGGUCCACUGGUAACUCGAGCCUUUCGCCUACGAGUGGCACCGACGCGGACAUCCUCACACCGUCGACUGAACGUAGCUCACGCUCAACUGAAAGCACGCGUUGCGUCUGCUCUGCUACCGAAAUCGAAGGCCAACUCAUGAUCCAGUGCGAAUCUUGUAAUAAGUGGUUGCACGUGCGCUGCGUCGGCCUAGACCCCCAUCGUCUCCCUCCGGUUUAUGUAUGUGUUUAUUGUACAGGCACAACACCCCUUGCUCGAGGAGGGCGCAUUCGAGACCCUCUUCGACGCGGAGAAGCGAGCCACGUUAGCCCGUUGGGCUACAAAUCCGUCAAUUCUUUGCGACGGUGAAGGCGGGAUGAACAUGCGAUAGUCCGUCAUUCAUCAAACGCAUUCUGUCAGCAGGCUGGAACGUUAGCGUUCAAUGGCCGCGAAUUUUGCGGGGUUCAGGUCGGUCCUAUCAUUCCCUGGUCUAUCGAAAUGAUUAGCCUUUGGGGUUUGUAUUGGACGACCCACGAGGACGCUAGUAUAGCUUCGCCACCUAUGGGUCAACCUCCUGCACCUCUGCCCCACGUGUUAGCGUAUUUGCUACCAUCGGCUGCUUUGCGCCAUGUCAGCAUCUAGGCCCAGUCGACGCGCGGGUUGUCGUGCGGAGUGCGCUCCCAUUCAACAUCUCUUAUGCCUGUUUUCUCUUCCAAGGUUUCCUAUGUCUACGCGCCAAGUGCCAAAACUAUAGAACAGCGAUUUCACAUGCUAUUUCAAGCUCAUGGUUGUUUGGGACCGUUGAAUAAUGUUUUCCUUUUUUUUUUUAAUUUCUCUCUUCGUCCACGCCGGAUCGACUCAGCAAAGAUACCCAGCGCAGUUUCUGUUUACUACGUCUCUUCCAUUUCCUAGACGAGCUCAGUUGGACGGUCACUGUCAUAGCCUCUCUGUCCUUUGCAACAUCUCUCCGUAAUUUCGAUCGCCAGCUCUUGGACACAUACGCCGGGUUGAGGCUCGGCCUACUGAAAAGGUACAAGUUGUUUCGUUUUGUCAAUGUACACGAUGAAAUCGAGAAUUCCAAAUUGCUUUUGCAGCGUAAUUCUGUAAUGGAUGACAUGACCUUGGGGAUUGAUCUAGUCAUACUUCACACACUUACGCAUGCGAUUUACUCCUUGCGUACAGUUUGCACAGCUUUUUUCUUCUAAACCAUGUAAAUGAAGGAAUCGAGUAGGUAUGCAAAAUUGUGCUCAUAAAA